AACGGACGAUCUCGUGUCGUUGUUUUUUCACCGUUCGAAUCGUCCCUUCUUUUGUCAGGAGGAGAAGACAAGCGUGCAGUUGUCUCAGUGGAUGGAGCGAUUCGUCGACAAUGGAGAAUGCCUAAUGAGAAACCUGUGUGGACAGGGUGUUGGACUGCUGCCAACAAGGUGACAUUGGGCCUUGGUGAUGGCAGAGUUCUUGAGUACGCUGUUGAUUCAGACUCUUCGGAACCAAUACGGGAUUACACUCAAGGAGUUGGUCAUCUUCCUAUAAUUUUCACAGGAUUUGAUCCUGUUUCAUCAACGUUGCUCGUGGCGUCGUUCAAGAAGCUCGUGGCUUUCCGUAACGAUAAAGUCUUCCCACUUUUAAGCAAUGUGGACGAUCAUUUUGACAAAAUGAGGUCUAUAAGUUUCGAUGAGACCUCCUUGCACUUUGCUGUCACAUUUUCACCAGGUGGUCGGCAUCCAGGGAUCUCACAUCGACUUUACCGGCUUGAGGUGGACGACGAUAACGAUGAGGUCCGCUGCAUAGAAAUGGCUCAGUGGUUGACCGACUGCCAGAUGUCAUCACAACUGUGGUCGGAAUGCUAUUUCUCCUCAAAGAACUUCGGUUGUUUCUGGGUUACAAAGGGACCGAACAGCGUUUGA